AUGCGAAGAACAGUAGAUCAGUGUCCUGCCGAUAUCAUUCUAGCACCAUCAGGGCGCCCCUUGGCUGAUCUCGAGUACGCUGACGAUGUUGUUAUAUUCGCGGAAAGCAGUACGAAACUUCAACAUGUUGUCAACCUUGUAUCGAAGCUGGCUGCAGCCUACGGACUACGCCUACGCCCUGAUAAAUGCAAACAGAUGUGUACCUCUUCGAUACCUCGAACGGGAAUGAGGAUGGACGAACAACCGAUAGAACUCGUCGAUGAGUUCUGUUACCUAGGCUGUACGCUGAAGAACGAUGGCAGCUACGAGAGAGAUGUUCAGCAAAGAUGCGCUAAGACCACUUCUGCAUUUAACUCCUUAACGAAAUGUCUGUGGUCGACCCCCAUCACCAACGAAGUCAAGCUGCGAGUCUACCUAUCCGCAAUUCGCUCCAUCAUGAUGUACGGAUCGGAGACUUGGGCAGCACCAUCAACGGUUAUGGAGAGCCUUGACUGCACGGAACGAAAGCUGCUUAGACGGCUACUUGGCUACUUUUGGCCUAGGGUAUGUCACAAUGAAGAUCUUUACGCAGAAAUUGAUGUGGUAUACCGGCAGAUGACAUCAACAUCAACAUCUUGCACCGCCAUCGAAAGUGGCUAA